ACCCAAAAUCCCCUCUUUCUCACUUUAACCCCCUUUACUCUAUAUUUGUUUAUUUUAUAAACCCAUUAUUCUUGAUAUUUAUUCCAUUCUUCAAAUAAAAUAACAUUUUUAUUCAUAUCAAUCAAGUUUAAUUUGAAGGGAAAACAAAAAACAUUAUGAAGCACAAAGAAAAGAGACUGCUUCUUUAGUGAAUGCCUUGCGAAUGAAUAUAUAAUUGGCAAAGGAAGUCACAUUUCUUUGAAUUUUAGCUCAUUUCCUACAAGGGGUUUUCAGAUUCUGUCAAUCAUAAUGGGAACUAAAAUCAAAGGUGUAUUUAAAGGCUUCAAAUUUAUAUCCCAAAUCUUUGUUAUGAAGGAGCAAAGAGAGAUGGAGAUUGGAUAUCCAACUGAUGUAAAACAUGUAGCUCAUAUUGGUUGGGAUGGAUCAUCUGGCAGUGCUCCUUCUUGGAUGAAUGAAUUCAAGACAGCCCCUGAUUUUGCAGCGACUUCAAUUGGUCAUUCUGGCUCUGCUCUUUCCACAUGGUCUUCUCAAGACUUUGGGGAAGCCAUGGGAAGACGACCUACAGACGAUACACUUAAUGAUCUACCCCCACUAGACCUUCCCAAUAUACCUAAAAAACAAAGGCGUAGAAAGACGAAGUCCACAUGCUCCCCCAAGUCGUCCUCUUCAUCAAAGUCAUCCCGAGCUAGCAAGGCAAAGUCUAACACAGAGUCCAUGUAAAGUGACCACGAAAACUUAAGUUCCAAUCAUUUGACAACCAAAGCUUUUGAAACGUAAAGAGGAUAUGAUGCCACAAAAAAUAUGAAGUAUAACAGGGCAUAUUUCUCACGAGGGUGUGAUAAUGAAUUGUUGGGAGAGUUGCAACUUUUCUUGUUAUUUGUUUCAUUGCCUUUUUUUUUUCUUUUUCUUUUUGUAUUUUAAUAUUUAAUUUUGUCCCCGUUGGGAACAUACAACAAAGAAUCAACAUGUAAAAAGUUAGAUUCUUUGGUUGUGAUGUUGGAAAACUAAUCUAGCUUUCGGAAAUGAUAACAUGCUAUUUGUUUGUAUAUAUGUGUACUUCUGAUUUCUAAAUUGAAAUAUUCUUUUGUUUUAUCUAAGUUAUAGACAUUAUCUUGUUA